AUUAACUCGUCUUAAAUAUUAAUGCUACUUUUUGUUUUUGUAAGGUCGAGUCGUCGAGAUAUCAGAUUUGGUGUUGGCACCAGAGGAUGUGGCAGAGUGGAAUCUCAACAGAUCAGGCGAUUGGAUGUCUGUUAAAAAAUCAUUAGCACCGUUGGUGGGACAAAAAACUUUAUUGCAGCAGUCCGGCAGAGCAAAGAAGUCAGCUCAGAGUAUUUCAGGCUCGCGUUGGCUUGCACAGGCAGAGAUUUCGACCUAUGAUAGUGGAAUGCACUCUGGUUGGAAAGGACAAUAUCCACUAUUGAACCAGACUUUGGCAGCGCAUGGAGCGAAUAAUUCUAUUAUAACAUUAACGCAGCCACAGCAUCUACUUUGGAAAUCCCCUCAAUUUACGUUCCAGACAUAUGUUGGUUCUCAAGAGUCGAUCCAGACGACAUUCAGAAAUGGACUCUUACCAGAAACAAAGACGCUCAACUUGCGCCGGGGUAUCUCACUUGUUGCAGGAAAGGAUGAACGGCCAGUGGCAGCUACGCCCCCAAAGAACCAAAUGCCGAAUAGGCCUUGGAUUUCAGGAGUAGCCUCUGUAACUGUUGAUGGGAUUGAUAGCAAUGGACGUGACAUCCAUGAUAGUGACGCAGAAGGCUUAUCGGAGAGCUUAUCGUCCGCCAUAUCGUCCAGUAUGCACAGGCAUUCCAGCUCACCAAUCAACCAGAGCCGUAUGUCGCCUUCGAUCGGCAGUGCCAGUCCUUCAUCAUUCAGAGCGGCAACCUUGUCAUUUGAGGAUGCACAUCUGAUCAGUCUUGGCAAUGCUUCAGGAAGCCCCAAACAAACAUUGUUCAGCUCAAUGACUCCGCAGCAACCUCAUUACACUCAACAUACAUUUCUUUCCACCCCGCCAGCAGCAGAAUACCUAGCUAAGGGAAGAUAUGGAUCAAUGUCUGGACCUAGCUCAGGACCUUCAUCAUCUAUAGCUGUUUCCUCUAUGGCAGCAGCAUACAGCAGUACCUCGAAUACAGCUACCUCGCCCUUGGUGUCUUCAUUUGGGGAAUCUAUUUCCCUAAAUGGAAGCGGUAGUGUCGCUGGUACUUCAGCGCCUGGACGAUCGCUUCAUCCCAUGCAGGUUCAUGGUCAUAUCAGCUUCAGCAACAAGGGCUCUCCUUCAUCUUUCAAUGGAUCGCCUAAUUUGAACUUGCCCAGCAAAUCCACUCACUCAGCAGAUGAUCAUAUCGAUGGGGUUAGCCCGAUGGCGCAGAGUACAUUGAUGAUGUUUUCGCCUGAUGGCGACAACGAGGUAGAUAUGCCUGGAAGUGCAUCUAUUUUCAUUGACACAGGUGGUCGUCACAAGGAGAUGUCUUUGAAUGAUGGCUCCUCAAAGCGAUCGUCACAGAUACUCCGUCGAGAUGGAGGGCUCAAUGGGAUUGAAACUGAGAAUGAUGGGGGCUCAACUUUGCCUCAUGGUGGGGUCUUUCACCUGGAUGAUGACUUUUAUGAAUCAGAUAUUCCCGUAGGAGGUGAUAAUAAUCAAAAAAUGAUGGAGGCCAUGUCAAGUGAUCGGUUCGAUAGCGCUUUAGAGCGAGGCGAGGCUGUGGUGUCUUCCAAUAGGGAACAAAGCGACCAACUCGUAUUUUUAGACUGCAAAGAGCUGGUUGAUGACGAUGAUGAUGCAUCUUUGAUUUAAGGCCUUAAAAAAAUACAAUUUUGUUCUUCUAGUGUCUAUUCUAUUUUUUUUUUUUUUUUUUUUUUUUUUU